AUGUUUUAUUCUGAGGACGGUGACGGGAUGACGCAAGACGUUUUCAAAGCUAUAUUCGUCAAUGACUUUGACGGCCUCCAGAGGAUCUACGCUAAACACGACCUGAGCACAGAUAUACUGGACGAACAUGGCAUGACUCCGCUCCAACAUGCCGCGUAUAAGGGUAACGAGCAAAUCGUCCGUUGGCUGUUGAACAGGGGCGCUGACGUUAAUUCGGGGAAACAUAAGUAUCAGUACACUGCCUUGCAUUUCGCUGCCCUCAGCGGCAACCCUGUUGUAUGUAGUUUGCUGUUGGCUGCCGGUGCCAAAAGUGAUGUGACCAAUACAGUAGGACGCACAGCUUCACAAAUGGGUGCUUUUGUUGGCAAUCACAACUGCGUGGCGGUAAUUAGCAAUUAUGUACCAGAAGAAGAAGUCACUUGUUACACACUACCAGACUCGAAUGAAAACGAACCAAAAUUACCUUCAGAGUUAGCCCAACCUGUUCACAAAUUUAUUAUGAUGACCAACAUCCAUCCAGUAAAAGUGGCUCUUGAAAUACCUCCAGUUUUCCUAGUCGAUGAUAAUGCAUCGAAAAUUUACAAAGUGUUGAAUUUGAUGUGCGAGCGUGAAAUUAAUAAACAACUAGAGACUAAUGAAGUGAUGGCAUUCAAGUUUCAUUAUUUAGCUAGUAUUCUGAUUGAAAUUGCCAAACACAAUGAUAUAAAAACUGAAAAACAGUCAGAUCCAAAGGAAUUAUUCAUUAAGAAAAUAUUGAAAAGUGAAAUUUAUUCGGAACAAUUUCUUAAAGAUUGCAUUAGAAUGUUUCCAUUUAGGGAUUGUACAAUUUUCAGACAGAUGGUUGCUAGUUUGACCCGAGGUAAAGAUGGCAUGACAGCACUCAAUGUUAUAUUGGUAAUGAUUGGAAAUAGACGCGGUAUGGGUAUAGAUUCAUUUGGCGAAGAACGUGUAUGCGGUACAUGUGCUGAAAAUAAUGCCACCAAAAAAUGUGCUAAAUGCAAAGCUGUUCAAUACUGUAACCGUGAGUGUCAACGUAUACAUUGGUUUGUUCAUAAAAAAGAGUGUAACAGAGAGGCCAGUAACAAUGGAACCUGUCAAACAUCUAUAGACAGUUCACACGUAGCCGAAAGUUUAUCUGGACUAGGGAUAAAUUAAAUUUUAGCCAACACAACUUAAGUAACAUUAUUAAAUGUAUAUGCAUUAACUAUAUAUGUGUGUUUAAAAUAUUUAACGAUUGAUUGGCAGCAUAUGUUUUACGUUUUAAAUUUAGACUAACAUGUAUGUAAAAUUACUUUAAAGUAAUUUGAUAACAUGUGUUAUAAUACAAUUUGUAUAAACUAAGUCAUUUAGAAGCUUUUGAUAAUGUUUUUUAACAUUGUCAUAAAACCCAUAUUAUAUAAUAGAAGUUUACGUGUAAAACAUUUUGAACCUUUAUACCUUUGUUAGAUAGUGUUUUGAUUUGUUUCCAAUUUAAUAAUAAGUAAUCCUGUACCUGUUUUUAAAACAUUUUUGCUGAUUAAUAUUCUAUCAUUAAUUUGAUUCAAUAAAACCUCCACUUCAAUUGUUAAAAU